AUGAACGAUCCGCGGCGUGUGUGCCGAGUCCAGUUGCCGACGCUCCCUCCCGCGCUGCGCGCAAACAAACGUGCGCUUGGCGUGUACAUUGCGGGCGCUGUAUUUGCUACUGGCUGGUGGCUUUUCUUCGAUGCGUGCGUGCGCUCGCACACGCUGCACAAGCAGCCCACCAGCCCCGACAAGCCGUACGAUCCACCGGGCGUAGCGAUCAAGUUUGACGACUGGAUUCCGGGAAUAAGCACCACGAUCGGACUGGUGAUUGUAAAUUUGGUGAAUAAGCAGCAUCUCCUGGACGAGAACGGCGGACUGGGCGCCAACGUGCCCUGGAACGACGAUCCGAUCAUGUGGCGCACGCGCAUGUGGCUCUUUAUCGGCUUUGCCUUUUUGGCUGGCGGUAUGGCCGGCAGCGUUGCGCUGAUGAUUAUCAAGUAUAUGCUCAAUGUCCAGGCCGAGGGGUACUUGGAAUUUGGGCUCGCGAGCAUUUUGCAAAAUGUGCUGCUUAUGCUCUGUGUCGUGCUGCUCUGGUUCAGCCAGCGCGUUGAAAGCGAAUAUGAAUACAAUUUAACCUUGUAA